AAAAUGGCUUCCAGAGGAAAGACAGAGACAAGCAAAUUAAAGCAGAAUUUAGAAGAACAGCUGGAUAGACUAAUGCAGCAGUUACAAGAUUUGGAGGAAUGCAGGGAGGAACUUGAUACAGAUGAAUAUGAAGAAACCAAAAAGGAAACUCUGGAGCAACUCCAUGAAUUUAAUGAUUCACUGAAGAAAAUUAUGUCUGGAAAUAUGACUUUGGUAGAUGAACUAAGUGGAAUGCAGCUGGCUAUUCAGGCAGCUAUCAGCCAGGCUUUUAAAACUCCAGAGGUCAUCAGAUUGUUUGCAAAGAAACAACCAGGUCAGCUUCGGACAAGGUUAGCAGAGAUGGAUAGAGAUCUGAUGGUCGGAAAGCUGGAAAGAGACCUAUACACUCAACAGAAAGUGGAGAUACUAACAGCUCUCAGGAAACUUGGAGAAAAGCUGACUGCAGAUGAUGAAGCCUUCUUGUCAGCAAAUGCAGGUGCUAUACUCAGCCAGUUUGAGAAAGUCUCUACAGAUCUUGGCUCUGGAGACAAAGUCCUCGCUCUGGCAAGUUUUGAGGUUGAAAAAACAAAAAAAUGACCUGGUGUAGAAGCUUGUGACAUUUAUCACAUUCUUAUUGUAAAUGGUACUUUUCUUCUGAGGAUUUUGAGUAACUGCAAAGAAUAUAAGAGAUUCUCAAAAUGCAUUCAUAACCUAAGAAAGGGUGACUUAAACAUA